AUGUCUAUCGAUCUAGGUGUUACUGGUGAUUUCCAUGUCCAUUUGCGUGAUGGUAAAAUGAUGGAGCUAAUUGCUCCAACUGUUCGUGAAGGUGGUGUCUCCAUUGCUUACAUUAUGCCUAAUCUUGUUCCUCCAAUCACUACAAUUGAUAGAGUUGUGCAAUACAAAAAUGAAUUACAAGCUUUAGCUCCAAAAACCACAUUUUUGAUGACUUUAUACCUUUCAAAAGAGUUAACCCCGGAAUUAAUUCAUGAAGCAGCUAAAUUGAAAGCUAUUGCUGGUGUCAAAUGUUAUCCUGCAGGUGUCACAACCAACUCAUCAGCCGGAGUUGAUCCAAAUGAUUUUAGUGAUUUCUAUCCGAUUUUCAAAGCUUUAGAAGAAGAAAAUUUAGUAUUGAAUUUACAUGGUGAAAAACCUUCGACUGAUAAAGAUGGUGAAGAAAUCCAUGUUUUAAAUGCAGAACCAGAAUUUUUACCUGCUUUGAAAAAAUUACAUUCUGAUUUCCCAAAUUUAAAAAUUGUUUUGGAACAUUGUACAACAAAAGCUGCUAUAGAUACCAUUAAUGAAAUUAAUCAAGAUAAUAAAGGCCCAAUCAAAGUCGCUGCUUCCAUCACAGCCCAUCAUUUAUCAUUAAUUGUGGAUAACUGGGCUGGUAAUCCAAUAAAUUUCUGUAAACCAGUUGCUAAAUUACCACAAGAUCGUAAAGCUUUAGUAGCUGCUGCUACUUCAGGUAAUCCAUGGUUUUUCUUUGGUUCAGAUUCAGCACCACAUCCAUUACACGCCAAACAAGUACACGUUGGUGUUUGUGCAGGUGUCUAUACCCAAGCAUUAGCUAUUCCUUAUAUUGCUCAAGUUUUUGAUAAACAAGGCAAAUUAGAUAAAUUAAAAGGGUUCGUUAGUGAUUUUGGUAAACAAUUUUAUGAAAUUAAAGAGGAAGAUUUGGUUUCCAAAGAUCAUACUAUCUUGGUUAGAAAAGAACAACAAGUCCCAGAUGUUGUUUCUCAAGGUGAUUUGAAAGUUGCACCAUUUAAAGCUGGUGAAAAAUUAGACUUUUCUAUUGAAUGGAAGUCUAUCAAUUGA